AUGACAACUCCAAAAAAGCAACAUCAACAAGGAAAUACAACAACAAAACACAAAAAGGAAGUGAAGAUAAAAUCAGAUUCAGAGUCAUAUUGCUUGACUCAUCACCACCGCAAGAAGCCAACGUCUACGACAUGUUCUCGCCAUAUUUCUCACGCUGAAAACAGCCAUCACACCGGUCACUCCGCUACGAUGCAUAAUAGACCAACCACAACCCUCCAAUCUCAGAUUUGUGCCGCUCUCCGUGAUGCAACCCUCCAUCGACCACCACAGCGGAACAACGUCUCCACCAACGACCAACCACACCUAGCCAUCAUUCGCUUCACUACAGCUCCAACAACCCACCACGAACGCCCUCUGAUUUCGACAAUCCUUGUGGCUUGA